AUGGAGAAUUCCAACGACACAAAAACUCUGGGGAGAAGGAAAAUCCCAAUGAGGAAAAUCGAGAAUAAAUUAAGCCUGCAAGUCGCCUUCACCAAGCGCCGCGGCGGGCUCUUCCGCAAAGCCACCGAACUCUCCAUCCUCUGCGGUGCGGAAGUCGCGAUUCUGGUGCAGUCCCCGGCGCAGAAGCUCUACGCUUUCGGCCACCCCGCUCUGAUCGACCGCAUCGAUCCGAUCUCCCUCCGUCGCUGCGACGACGACGGGUACAAGACGGCGAUGAAGAUGGAGAAGAGGAGAAGAGGAGAUGAAACUAUGUUUUUCGACGUUAGGUCGCCCAGCAGAAGCUUCGAAUCCCCUUUCCUCUGCAUCUUCCGCAACGGCACCGACGUCUCCAACGGCCGCCCCGUCUACACCGUGGUCUCUAGCACAUCACCGCCGAGGUCUUCUCCAAUAGGCUACUGUAAUCGAUUACAUCGCACCAGCAGUUCUCGGUGA